UGUAAGAGUUAGGACACACCAUACUGGACCACUCAUCUUGCGCUGAAAUAUCUCACCGGAAAGCCUUGUUGGAUCUAAUUACAGCAGCGCGUCAACUUGUCGCAAGGCUGAGCUGUAUCACUCUAUUUAAACCUUGGUCUUUGCAUACGAUAUCUCAGGUGCCGAGGUGCGCCGGGUAUAUGUACAUUUAUUGGAUGGUAGCCUGCCGUACCCUGUCGUGCUGAGCUUUUUUAUAUUUACACCACUUCUUCAUGUCCGACUGCUAACGCGUCAAGGGCUAGCCAAGAGCUGAAAAUAUAGUGAUCAAGAUAAACAUUGCGGUACUCGCCAAUAGGAUGUCGCCCCAAAGACGCAUCUUACCCAUGUUAAGAUCUUACAUUUGCAGCCGGACAUGGGAACAAAGUGUAAUUGCAUUCAACCCCUGAGGUGGACAUGCUGGUAUCAAAGCAGCACCCGCGAAGAAAGCUAACUAUAAAGCUACCAGAGAGAUUGCUAUUUUUCCUCCGCAAUGCUCCCCUCUUCUUCAACAUGCAUUCAUCUCCUCAACCAAGUUAUUAUACCAUUCACCUAGGAACAUGGACCAAUUGGUCGCGCGGUCCAGUCUUCGGUGCCACGCUCACUCUUAAUCAAAGAGAUGGAGCGCUCUUAAUCGCAUUCGUUGCGCUCUUCGUCACUAUUGUCGGAACCAAUUUCUGGAGACUGGCCUGCUACGCCUUGCACUCUUAUCGCUCGACUGAGAUGCCUCGCGACGCCCUUCAUCAUCAGGUACAGGCAGCUCUCCGCAACUCAGCCAACGGCACAAGUGGAACAUGGAGCCUUGUAACCAUUCUCAAGGCUUGGAAAAAGGAUUCCAAGCGGCCAUACUAUCGAGUCCUACCCCUAAUUGCGCUUGCAAUGUGCGUUAUGGGUGCUUUUGCAGCGGCAUCCGGCUUCUCCUCGAGUAUAUCUACGGCUCUAGGCAACGAAGUGCUCAUUCGGAGCGAACAUUGUGGCCAUAUAAAUCUGAAGAGUAAUUCGACGAUUACAGACAUAGACACAACUCUAUUUCCGUAUUGGACGGACCAUACCGUUGCCUACGCCAACUAUGCGACCCAAUGCUAUGCGAACAACUCGAUCAACCGAGAGAGUUGCAAUUUCUACAUCAGAGAAAGACUCUUGCCAGCGCAGAUUACAAAAAAUACUAGCUGCCCGUUCGGGGGCGAUAUUUGCAGAAGCCCUAAUCACUCACUAGUCUUGGAUUCCGGACUCCUCAACGCACACGAUGAUCUGGGAGUUAAUCUCCCUCCGGACAAACAAUUCUACUACAGAACCAAGGUCCUAUGUUCGCCUGUGAAAACAGAAUCUUACCAGAGAUUGCAUACAUAUACGAAAAACGGCAUUACGAAUACCUUUGUAAUAUAUUAUUAUGGGAAUCUCAUAGACGAGGACUACAAUCUUCCAAACCAGGACUCUCAUUUUCAGAUGAGAGUCAACUCGGACUUCACCACCGAUAAGAUGGUUACUGACGCGGACUAUACUAUCAGUCAAAUUGAAGCCGUAUUUGGUAACGGCUCAUACUCAACCUUCUAUCCUAUCCCAGAACUAGCGUAUCCUAACGCUGAUAUCUCCUUCUUCUUUCUUUCCGCCAACGAUGUCGCGUUUGCGCAAGACGUUAAUGAUGACUGGUACUCAGCGCACAAGGCUAGCCCCGGUACGUAUGUCCUUAAUGGCAUACGUCACCAUCUACGUCUACAAGAUUCUCCGGGAUCUGUACUAGCAUGUGCAAACCAGCACCAGUGGUGCAUAACCAAAGAUCAUUGCACGGCACUUCUGAGCUUUGACGACGCGAUACAGAGUGUUGGGGAUCUCAUUGGCAGCAGCAACGAGCUGUACAAUCGACUCUACUGGGCCAUCGCGGCGUUCAUCCAAAGCACGCCGACCGUCGAAAACAUUGUUCGCAGCUUGCGUACGCAAGCCCUAACGGCGCGCGCCAGUCUCACUAAUGGCGUACAAGGGCCGUUAGCGGACAACCAGUGGCAGCUAGAAGUCGAAAGCUGGUUCAACACCGUCCUAGCCACCAUACAGGGCAUGUAUGUGGACGUAGCCACGGGGCCAUCAAACAAGGACGUCUUACCCUAUCUCAAUCGCCCAGGCUCGAAGGAACAACACUAUUUUUGCAAUAACCAGAAAAUCCGCAGUACAGCCUACACCAACUUUUCACUCUUUGGACUAACUCUAAUCCUCGCUCUCGGCACCAUCAUCAUCAUCAUCUCCACCUUUCUCGAGCCGAUUGUCUCAUUCAUCCUCCGCUGCCGCCGUGCCGACACCUACGCUCAUCUCGAAUGGGGCGCGAACGAGACGCUGCAGCUGCAGCGGCUAGCACACGAGGGCGUUGGCCUGGGGCGCUGGAAGCGGUGUGAAGAAGCGGUGCCUGUCACGGAGAGGGGCGAUGUCUUGGGCGUGCUUGAUCUGGAGGAAAAAGGACAUGUAAGGCUGAAGGCUCCAGUGAGUGGGUGGGAGGAGGAGGAGGAGGAGGAGGAGGGGAAAGCGACUGUGAUGACGGCUGUAGAGGAGACGCAGAAAGGUGGCAGCGACUCGGAUGUGGGGAGUGAGCGUCGAGGGACAUCGGUCGGUAGUAAGCUGACUGAAGAGAGACAGCAGCGUCGGGAAGAGUGAGAUAUGUGUAGUGUUGGACGUGAAUGUUUAUGGCUCUGGAUAAAUUGCACACCAAUCAAGAUAAC